AAGACGACAAUGGCGCCGGACCGCACCGUAACCUCCCAGUUCCCGCGCACGAUGCGCAAGCUGCGAGAGCCGUGCACGGUGCAGCGUAUCUCGCUCGGGUGCCUCACGGCCAAGCACCCGGUCCGAAGAGUGUGUAUCAAGAUCCUCCAGUCGCCGUGGUUUGAUCGGGCCAUUAUCCUCGCCGUAUGCUGCAACACGGUGAUUCUGGGCCUCGUCGACUAUGAGAACGCGUGGGCCGAGGGCCCCAACCCCAACAUGGGUGUCAACAAGCUCAUCGAGCAGUGGAAUGGCGUGAGCCUCUACAUUUUUGUGACGGAAAUGUGCAUCAAGAUCGUCGCCAUGGGCUUUAUCUUUGGCGACGGCGCCUACUUGCUCGACAGCUGGAACCGACUCGACUUUAUCAUUGUCCUCUCGGGGAUGCUGUCGGUGUUCAACAUCAAAGUCGGGUUUGUCCGCGUGCUGCGCGUCCUCCGACCGCUUCGAACGCUCCACACCUUUCCAGGCCUCAAAGUGCUCACCAACUCGCUCCUCGCCAGUCUCCCAGCGCUCGGAAACGUGGCCAUCUUGCUCGCCUUCAUUUACGUCGUGUUUGCGAUCCUCGGUAUGGAGAUUUGGCGCGGCACGUUCCACUCGCGCUGCCGCCUCACACCCUUCCCGGUUGCGCUACCAUUUGACGCGCUAAAUCCACCGGGCGCCAGCGCCUACCCCGUGAGCGCGGCGUACUUGGCCAAAGUCGUCGCCAACCCCGCGUGGUAUCGGUGCAACAAAAGCGACGGGGCCGCGUACCUCGUGGACGAGACGUGGAAUAUACGCGCCAAUUGCUUUUGGCCGCUCGACAGCGGCCUCCCAAUGCCGCAACUUUGCUCGUCGUCGGGCGGCCGCGCGUGCAGCGUGACUCAAACGUGCGGCUCCAACUUUGACGCGUACGGGAACGCGCGCUUUUUCGAUAUUGCAGGACCGCUCCUCAAUUUCUCCAUCAUGAGCGAACCCACGUUCAAUGCAAAUCUAAACUACGGGCUCACCAACUUUGACAACCUCGGCAACACGCUCAUGGUCAUCCUUCAAGUCGUGACGGCGUCCGGCUGGAUGGCGCUGACCGAGACGGCGCAAUGGGUCGGCAACCCAGCGUUAGCCGCCAUCUACUUCAACUUGCUCCUCAUCAUUGGCAUGUGCUUCUUGCUCCAGCUCAACAUGGCCGUCCUCUUCACUGAGUUUGAGAAAGCCAAGGACCAGCAAGCCAAGGCCGCCCACGCAAGAGCGUACGACCCAUCACAUGGUUCUUUCAUUAAACGUCUCUCGAUGGUGCCGCCGCCGCCCGUCUCUGCGGCGCAGUCCAAGCGAAUAGACUCGACCGACAUUGUUGUCGCCUCGGCGUGGCGGAGGUGCCUCGUCCAGUGGCGGCUCCGCAUUCGACAGGUCGUGCUCACGACAGCGUUCCGGCGGGUCGGCAUCUUCAUCACGCUGAGCAACGUCUUUGUCAUGUCGCUCAACCACACGGAGAUGAGCUACACGUUCGCGUACAACUGCGAGGUGCUGAACUUUACCUUUAUGAUCUACUUCGGCAUCGAGUCGCUUUUGAAAAUGAUCGCGCUCGAGCUCCGACCCUUCUGGGCGUACGUCCUGACGACUGUUCGUUGUUGUGCUAAUAUCGUCUUCACCGGCAUCUUUACGUGCGAAGCGAUUCUCAAACUCAACGCGUUUGGCUACGCCUACUUUGACGACGCAUGGAACCGGUUCGACUUUACCAUCGUCGUGUUUGCCUUGGUGAGCAUUAUCUUGCCGCUCGUGACAACGUCCGUGAGUCUCGGCGCCGAGCUGACCGUCGUCCGCGUCUUCCGCGUCGGGCGCGCGCUCCGGCUCAUCAAGAAGGCCAAGCUCAUGAAAAACCUCUUCGACACGCUCACCGUGUCGCUGCCAGCGGUGGGAAACGUCACGAGCUUGCUCAUGCUCCUCUUCUACAUUUACUCGGCCGUCGGCGUCCAGCUCUUUGCCAAAGUGGCAUUCGACAACCAGCUCAUCCAUUCGUACCAGAACUUUCAAAAUUUCUUCCGCGCGCUCCAAGCCCUCAUUGGCUUUAGCACGGGCGAGAACUGGAACAACUUUACGUGGGAAAUCUACUACACGUCGCCAGCGACCAACCCGAACUGCGACGAUCGCACCUUCAACGACCACAUGUGCGGCUUCAACGACACGGACCCGGACUGCAUUCCACUCGACGGCUGCGGCUCGUGGUUUAUUGUGCCCUUCAUGUACUCGAUGUACCUCAUCAUCGGGUACCUUGGCAUGAACCUCUUCUCCGGUAUCGUGAUUGACGCGAUUGGCGACUCGUCCGCCGCGUCCCCCGUGAACCCCGCGACGCUGGCCGAGUUUGCGGACCGUUGGGCCGAGUUUGACCCGCAGGGCGGCGGCUUGAUCACGGCCGAAGAGCUCGCGGACUUUCUCUACACCGUGUACCCCCCGUUUGGCUUCAAGUCCGUGCCGGGCUUUACACGACGCCGUGUCGUCAUUGCGAUUGGAGAACUCGAUAUUCCCGUCUACGACAAGAUCUACGUCCACUUCAAGGACGUGCCGCGGGCCCUCGUCAUGCGCGUCUUGGCCGAGGGCAGCGUCACCAAGUACAACGAAAUCAACAAGCUCAUGGACCAACUCGGCAUCAACAAGCAGUUUGACGAACUCUGGCACCGCCGGCGCGGCAAGAAGCAAAAGGACCGGCUCUCGAUGCGAGAGGUCGGCCGCGUCAAGGAGUACUCGGCCACCAUCAUGAUCCAGCGCUUCGUCCAACGCGCGCGUGCCAAGCGAUUGCGCGCCAAGAUCGCUGCCACCGAGGGAUCGUCGGCAGACCCCGAGCCUCCGUGCGAGUCGGCGGCGGUCCACGGAGAGUGUCUCAUGUCGGUGGACGCCGAGGCGCAUGAGGCGGCGACGGCCAUUACGUGAAGCGUCUCCUUCUAAAUGCUGUAAAGGCUCUGUAACAUGUAGCAAGUUGUACGAAGCCCUCA